AGAUCACAUUCUCUAACACUUUCGUUUGCGUACAAACCCUAUUUCUUCAGUCAAGAAAGAGAGGUCAAAGAUUAAACACACAAAAAAGAACGAGAGAUAAGGAUGGAGAAGCAGGAGUUCUUGGAACUGUUCGAGGCAGCAAUUCUAGCUGCGAAGUCUGCUGCGAGAGGAGACGGUAUGAGUUCUUCUCCGGCGGUCUCAAGGUGUGUCGACGCUAUGGUUCGUCUGAGAGAAGCUCCACAGUCCCUUGCUUGCGAGUUGGUCAAAUACCCUCAAAUUGGAAAGAGUCACGUCCUUUUAAUGGAUCACAAUAACCCUACAAUCCAAUCCGAGGCAACGUUUCUCUACUCUCUUUGGACCGGAUAUCUCUACGUCAGGGGAAGGAAACAGAACCCACGUUCUGAUAAAGGGAAACAGAGCCAACGUCGUGAUGGAGUUCACAAGAAGAAGCUUGUGGAGGAGAUGAAGAUUUUGACAACGGGAGAUUCUAACCGAGACAGAGUGCGUGGGAUUCUUCACAAGUCCUUGUCUAGAGUAGCUAACGAGGUGGUAGUUGUUGAGAUGAAGAAACAAGUGGUUUCUUGCGAUUCUUGGAGUGUGGCUGCGUCGGUUGAAUCUGCAAUGUUUGAGAAACUAGGUUCUUUCGAGGGGACUCAAAAAGCAAAGUACAGAUCGAUUCUUUUCAACAUGAGAGACAGCAGCAAUCCAGAUCUCAGGAGGAAAGUGCUACUCGGUGAGAUCAGUGGAGAAAGACUGGUGACUAUGAAGAAAGAAGAGAUGGCUAGCAACAAGAUUCAGAUGGAAGUUCAAAAAAUAAAAGAGAAAGCUAGAGAUAAGGAAGAGAAUCGAGUAAAGAGUAUGAUGGUGUUUCAGUCAGGCAGUAUGAUCCUGACUUUAAAGUUCUAGCGUUGCCAAGUUUAAUUUGCAACUCUUGUCUUGUUUAAUUUGUUAGAAAACAAAGUACAUA